CUUCGUUCAGCCAACUCUUCAGAAUCCAAUAAAAAACGAAGAAAAUGGUGCAAUGUGCUAUACUGUUUUUGCACUUGAACUUCAAUGAAUGCUAUGCACAACAUUUUAUGCAACGGAAAUUAAGUAAUUUGAAACUAUUUUGGGCCACUUUGAAUGAUUUAUAUGUGAGAAAAUGCUAAAAUUAUGUUUAACCAAAGAACAAAAUCCAUGCGAGGCAAAGCGUCAGACGCAACGCCAACAUCAGCAAAUUCAACAUCAAGUGCACCAUCGUCGUCUUCUUCGUCGUCCACAUCCAAAGGCUUACUAUCAUUUAAUACGAGCAACUUUACAAAAUUGUUUAAAAAUUCAACGAAUUUUGUGCAGUCGACUUUCGGAAGUGGUACAACAUCACAAUCACAACCACUAUCUCCGGCCAGCAGCUAUAAUAAUUCAUGCGCUGAAGUAACCGAGCAAUCGUUUACAAUCCCGUCCAUGAAGAAACGGCACGAUGCAUCAAGUGCACCGAAAAAACAACAACGAGACAUUUUAUCAACGCCAGUUUUAAUCCAACCCGUAUCAAUGACGAACACUUCAUCUUUGCCGCUUACAAAUCUAUCAUCUUAUAAGAAACUAGGCAACGAUGAUUGCAACAGUACAACGGUGCUAAUGCCAAUAGCAUUGCCAGCAAACGGUGCUAGUCAUAAACCAUCAUCACCAAUACCCAAUGCGAAUGUAACAUUGACCAUUUCGCCAGCAUGCAAUCAAAAACCAACGUCGCAUGCUCGAAAUUCUGUAGCCAAUAAUACAAUAACCACAUCAUCGGCAACGAAGCAACAUCAGUAUAUUGGUACGCAACAAAAAACACCACAAACGAUCGAUGCUAAAUUGCAAAAUCCACAAAUCGUUUCACAUAAUACAAGUACACUGCAAGCAAUACGUUCAUCAGAUGCAAAGAAGAUGAACGCAAAUAUUUUGUUCGAAACGGUAAAAAUGAGCAAACAAACAAGCGACAAUGGUAACAAGAAUGGCAAUGGCACAUCGAUGACACCUUCACCAUCGACAAGGGCCACACAAUCAUCUUCAAUAUUGUUAGAUGAUUCGACUGAAUAUAACAAAAAUUUAACAACAACGACGACUACGACGAAUUCGAGUGGCAACCACAUAAAGAGCGUCAUUACAAAAAAUGACAUGGAUAAAAAUAUCAACAAUGUGGAAAAUGUAAUGGAUAAUGAGUUGAUAGACGUGCGACACUCGGAACAAAAUCGAGAUAGUGCCAAUUCAACUGCUUUGGCAACAUUAUUAUCGUGUAAUCGAAUGAAAGCUAUAUCAAUGAAUGUUUCACCACAAAUUUCAUCACCAUCAAAAUAUCUUUCAACAUCAAAUGGAGCCGUAGAAUCCACAAAACCAACGAAAAAUAACAUUGUUGCGACGUCCAUUCAACCAACGUUGCCGCAUAUGUAUCACAAGCAAAUAAACGAUAAUAAUGGAAUGAAUGUUUUUACAUCACAAGCAAAAAAUAAUAAUUCACAUGGAAUUGAUGUGCUAAACAAUGAUGACGAUGUGAAUAUUUCGCCAAAUACUGUUUCUAAUAAUAAUUUAGAUUACACUUUAGACGAAUGCAUGGGUCAUAUGAACAAUAUCAAUGAUAACCCAUUCAAAAUGGCGACAACGGUAAAAAAAUUGGCUGCCGUUGAAUCACUGGUGGCAAAAAGUUCGCACAGCGCCAAUAAUUCAAAGGCAGUUGCUGUUGAGAACAUUUAUGCAAAUUGUGUGAUGAUGCCGAUAAAAUCGACAAAUUUAGAUAAUUACCAACAGCAGGAUACUAAUGAAAAUGUUAUUGCAGCCGGCGAUGAUAUGAAUAUUCUGCUCAGUGGCAUCGAUGUAUCUGAUGGCCCAAAUAAUAAUUAUAAUAGCUGUAAUACCAACGAGAAUUUUAUGAAUAACGAUAGUUCGAGUGUCUGUAAUAAUAACGUUCCAAUUAAAAGUGAUCAACUAAACAUAUCGAAUGACGACCGCGAUGACAACGAUGAUGACGAUGUAACUGCUGCCGUCACAAUAGCAGCAACAUUCAAUACCAUAAACAUGACUAACGAACGUCCAAAUAAAACAGGCCAAAGCCAACCGCUUAGCGCCGCAUUCAAUCAAAAUUGUUUUACACCGAAAACCUAUGAAAUGUACGAUAUUCUAGAGGAAUCGGACGAUGAAGAACGUUCAAAUUUAUUUCGAUUCAAUCGAUGGAAUUCAUCGUGUUCGUUGUUUGUGCCAAAAACCAAUGUAUCCAUAUCGUCGUCGUCUUUUGCAGCCGCAAUUGCCUUUGCAAACGAAAUGGAUUCAACAAAUCGUAACCCAUUUUUACAAUUAAUUGCAGUGUCACCAACCACCAUUACAACGAUUGCCACACAAACGAUAACAACGAACUCAACAAAAUCACCAAUUGUCGUAACAACUGGUUCAUCGUCAUCGUCGUCGUCAUCGUCUUUGUUCGGCUCACAAUUAUAUGCCGAAAGACAAAAAAAUUCCAUUGGAAUUGCGGCGCCAUUAAUUUCAUCAGCAUUUAACAAUAAUGACCAAAGUGAUGUUUGUAUGGCAUUUACAUCGACGGACAAGUGCUUGACAUCAUCCACAUUAAGCAUAUCAAACUGUGCGAACGCCUGGAAUGAAUUUGCCAUGCAAGCAAUGCCAUUGCCCUCGCCACCAUCACCACCACCGCCACCACCUCCAUCAUUGUUACAGCAUUCAUCGUUGUUGCCGCCCCACGAAUCACAAUCGUCCUCGCAGCAAAUAAAUGGCUUUAUCGAGCAAAACGAUUUUCAAUUGAAUGCCACCUCGAAUGCAAAAAAUCACAUUAGUUCCGAUGUGAUGGAUGCCAUGUUGUUGUUUCUAAAGGAGCACGGCAACCACUACAUUAAGCAAUUUAUGCAGGAAUUUUCAACGCUUACAAAGGAACUAACGCAAGCCAGAGAAACACUACUUGAACGUGACGAGGAGAUAGCUGAAUUGAAAGCCGAACGAAAUAACACACGGCUACUAUUGGAGCAUCUGGAAUGUUUGGUGUCACGACACGAACGAUCAUUGCGUAUGACUGUGGUUAAACGACAGGCAGCUGCUCAAAGUGGGGUCUCCAGUGAAGUUGAAGUAUUGAAGGCGCUUAAAAGUCUAUUUGAACAUCACAAAGCUUUAGAUGAGAAGGUACGGGAGCGAUUACGAGUGUCACUAGAGAAAAAUUCAACGCUUGAAGAAGAGCUCAAUACAACCAAAGAAGAAUUGCAACAAUUUAAGUCGGGAGCAAUUCAAAUUUCAAACCAGAGCGAUGGCUCAAAGGAGAACCAUGACGGUGAAAAGAGUGUUGGACAAACAAUCAACGGUGAAAUUGACGCAGUUGAUUAUUCUGCCAAAACACACGAACUACAAACAAUCAUUGAGAAACAGACUGCUGAAUUGUCACAAUGGCAACGCCGUGUAUCCGAUCUGAAUAAUAAAAUCAGCGAAGUUGAAGAGAAUUUAUCGAAGGUUCAAAAGGAAUUUUCCAAAGCACAAGAUACGUGUUCGAAAUUGCAACGCGAUUUACGCGAAAAUGUUGCACAAAAAGAGGAUCAAGAGGAGCGUAUCGCAACAUUGGAAAAACGUUAUUUGCAUGCACAACGUGAAUCGACAUCGUUGCACGAUUUGAACGAAAAACUCGAACAGGAACUGCGGCACAAAGAGGCACAAUUGAAAUUACAAGACGAAAAAAUCGCUGCCAUUCAAGAGAAACUCGAAUUGUCCGAGCAAAAAUUGACACAAUAUUCCAAGUUACCCGAAAUGGAAGAGCAAUUGAAAGCCCGUAUGGAGGCUCUCAAUCAGGUAGGAUCGCAGGCACAAGAACGACAGGGGUCGGCUGAAGAUCGAAUCAAUCGACUGGAAACGCAAGUGGAUGAGAAGAAUACGGAAGUAUUGCGUUUGAAUCAACGUCUCAAAAUGAAUGAAGAGCACAAUGCACGCUUAUCAUCGACCGUUGAUAAACUGCUCUCCGAAUCGAAUGAUCGAUUGCAAGUUCAUUUAAAAGAGCGUAUGCAUGCAUUAGAUGAAAAGAAUGUAUUACAACAAGAAUUGGAGAAGGCACGCAAACUGGCCGAAGAGAUGCAUCAUGAUAAAACCGAAAUAGUCAAAGAAUUGUCAAAAACACGCUUGGAAACGGAGAAUUUCAAACGGCAACUACUUCAGCAGGAAAUUGCAUUUAAUAUUCAACAAACUGAAGCGCUCACCCGUAGCCUUUCACCAAGCAAUGUCGCAACAGUCGAACCAAAUAAUUUUACACGCAGCACAUCGCAGCAUACCAAUUUCGAUACACAUUCAUUGCGACGCAAUAAGCGACUUGAAGAGGAGCAAGCUUAUGCACGAAGUCUUGCUGAACAGGCAAACUUUGAAUGGGCCAAGAUGCCAUCAGCACACAGUCUGUCACACGUUCAACCCGGUUAUGAUGUUCCAACCGAUGUGACAGAUGAUGCUGAAAGUUUGUUCAGUACCACUGAAAUAAUGUCACCAACGGGACACACUGAUGCACAAACACUAGCCAUGAUGUUGCAAGAGCAAUUAGAUGCCAUAAACAAUGAAAUACGUUUAAUACAGGAAGAAAAACAGUCGACAGAGGCCAGAGCUGAAGAGCUUGAAUCACGUGUGGGCAGUUUAGAGCACAUGAAUUUGUUGGCGCGUGGCCGUUCAAUGGAUCGACAAAGUCCGCCAUUAAGCGGACGCAGUACACCAAAUAGUCCAAAUCGUGAUUAUUUACACAAAUAUCAUACGGCACCGGCAUCAAUGUCGCCAGCCCAUCUUCAUCAAUACGUGGCUUCGAUUAGCCCAGGACAAUUAUCUGAAUCACUUCCAUCGAGUCAGCUUAAUCUUCCGGCAUUGUCUGCGGAUAUAUCACGCGACGAAAUCCAUGGAAUGUCAUCGAUAGGUGAUUCGAGUUCGGGCGGUGCUGCAUCGCCACUUACAGCUCGCUCAAUGCGAUUGGAACGUGUUGCUCAAGCAUUAGCUCAUAGUCAAGAGGAGUUAAGACGACGCUCAAUGGGAUUGCCACCAGCGCAAGGACAUAAUAAUUUAAGGUUAACUAACACCGCCAAUUUGUAUCAAAAUCACAAUUUUAGAGUUGGAAGUUCAAAUUUUGGACCAUCACCGCUUAGUUCACGCCACGGAAGCCAAGAAUCGCUACGACAUCUCAAUACAAUGGGAUCGAUGAGUAUGCUACAAACGCCAACAUCGAGUGUUUGCCGUGAUCCGGUGUCUGCAGCACAAAAGAAAAAGAGCAUCAAAUCUAGUUUGGGGCGAUUUUUCAGUAAAAAGGAAAAGGCAAAAGGUGUCAAGGAUUCAAUGCCAGAUGGAUCGGCUAGCAUGAUGUCUAUGAGUGGAUUGUCGCUGAUAAGCGACAUAGAUUCAAAUUACGAUACGCUCAGUAUGUCCGGCGGUCGUGUUAGUAGUAAAUCCGUUGAUUAUGGACGACAAAAGAAAAAAGAGCAUGACUAUCGGCAUGAUUUGCUUGGUGAAGCAAUGAAAGCCGGCACACCGUUUGCAUUGUGGAAUGGGCCAACGAUUGUUGCGUGGCUUGAACUUUGGGUUGGAAUGCCGGCUUGGUAUGUGGCCGCAUGUCGAGCAAAUGUCAAAUCGGGAGCAAUUAUGAGCGCACUCAGCGACACCGAAAUUCAACGUGAAAUCGGAAUCAGCAAUCCAUUACAUCGUCUAAAACUUCGGUUGGCCAUUCAAGAAAUGGUUUCACUCACAUCACCAUCUGCUCCGCACACAACACGUACAACAUUAGCUUUUGGUGACAUGAAUCACGAAUGGAUCGGAAAUUAUUGGCUGCCAACCAUUGGUUUACCACAAUACCGGACAACAUUUAUGGAAUGUUUAGUGGAUGCAAGAAUGUUAGAUCAUUUAACAAAGAAAGAUUUGCGCGGCCAAUUGAAAAUGGUCGAUAGCUUCCAUAAGACUAGUUUGCAAUAUGGUAUUUCGUGCCUGAAACGAUUAAACUACGAUCGCAAUGCAUUGGAAGAAAGACGAAAAGCAACUGAAAACAUUAUUGCGGACGUACUUGUGUGGAGCAAUGAUCGAGUCAUUAAAUGGAUCUCAAGUAUUGGACUGAAGGAAUAUGGUAAUAAUCUAUUAGAAUCAGGUGUGCACGGUGCACUAAUUGCACUUGAUGAGAGCUUCGAUGCCACAGCCAUGGCAUUAGCCUUACAGAUACCAACACAAAAUAUUCAAGGUCGACAAGCGUUAGAAAUAGAAUUUGCAAAUCUGUUAAAAAUUGGAACCGAACGACGCCCAGAGGCAGAGCAGUUGAAUAAAUCUUGAUCAAACGCAAGCCUAAGCACAUUGAGUGAUGAGUAAAUUCAUCGAUUGAGUGUGUCCACAGCAAUGGGUGCCGUUGGUGCUUAGGCAGAGAUAAAUUCAUCCGUUCAAAUGAAUAGCGGAAAAAAGGCUCAUGUACUUGCCAUACAAAGCAAAAUAAAAAACAAACAAACAACACAAAACCACAAAGUUCACAACAAAAUUCAUUUGUGAUUCCGUAAUUUACACAAUAAAUAUUACUAUAAAUAUUCAGAUGCGUAUACAAAAACACAGAGUUCAACCGAACAUGUUACUAAAUUGGAAUAAACAAAGCAUGACCAAGAA